AUGUUUGCUGGAGCAGAGGCACGCAUAAACAUUUCGUUGAAUCGAGGGCUCGGAGCGAACGCGGUGUACCCUGGCUCGGUGACGUGCAUCGAGGUGGUGGAGGCGUACGUGGAGAGGAUCAAGGAGGUGAAUCCCCUCAUCAAUGCCGUGGUUAAGGACAGGUUUGAGGAGGCCUUGCAGGAAGCCCGGCAGGUGGACAAGCUGCUUUUGGAGGGCCCUGGCGAUGACUGCCUGGAGGAGAAGUUCCCCUUGUUGGGGGUUCCCUUCACUGUUAAGGAGGCCUUUUCUCUCUACGGGAUGCCAAACACCUCUGGCUUGGUCAACCGCCGCAAUGUGAUCGCCACCUCGGAUGCCACGGUGGUGUCGCGGCUGAAGCAGGCAGGUGCCAUCCCACUGGGUGUCACCAACUGCAGCGAGCUCUGCAUGUGGUACGAGUCCAGCAACAGGGUCUACGGGCGGACCAACAAUCCCUACGACCUGCAGAGGAUUGUGGGCGGCAGCUCAGGUGGGGAGGGCAGUGUCCUGGCAGCUGCCUGCUCAGUCGUAGGUGUGGGCUCUGACAUCGGUGGCAGUAUCCGGAUGCCUGCCUUCUUCAAUGGAGUCUUUGGCCAUAAACCCACAACAGGGGUGGUGCCCAACGACGGCCAGUUCCCAAACGCCCACGGGGUGCGGACCAGCUACCUGUGCACGGGGCCCAUGUGCCGCUAUGCGGAGGACCUGGAACCUGUGUUGAGAGUCAUGGCCGGUCCUGGGGUCAGCAAGCUGAAACUGAAUGAGAAAGUGUCACUGGAGAAGAUCAAAUUCCACUGCAUGGAUCAUGACGGCGGAUCCAUUUUUGUAUCACCUGUGGACAAGGAGAUCUUGCAGGCCCAAAAGAAGGUAGUGGAGCACCUCGAAAGUGACCUCGGGGUCCGGGUUCAGCGUGUGGCAAUCCACAAGAUGAAGUAUUCUUUCCAGAUCUGGUCAGCCAUGAUGUUAUCCGAGGACAGCGAGGGGCAGGAGGCACAAAGAUUCAUUGACCUGCUGGGGGACCAUGGGAAGCCAGUGUGGCCGCUGUGGGAGCUGAUGAAGUGGCUCGUGGGGAUGUCUUCUCACACUCUCCCAGCUAUCGCCCUGGGACUGACAGAGAAGCUGGUGAACCUCAACCUCAGUGGGAAGGCCAAGCUGGUGAGCAUGGGGAAGAGCCUACAGGAGGAGAUGGAGGCACUGCUGGGGCCAGACGGGGUGCUCCUCUACCCCUCGCACCCCACCAUCGCCCCCAAGCACCACUCCCCCAUCUGCAUGCCCUUCAAUUUUGCCUACACAGCCAUCUUCAAUGUCCUGGGCCUGCCGGUGACACAGUGCCCGCUGGGGCUGGGCAGCGAGGGGCUGCCGCUGGGCAUCCAGCUGGUGGCAGCCGCCUACAACGACCACUUGACACUGGCAGUAGCUCAGUACCUGGAGAAAGCCUUUGGAGGAUGGGUUUUACCAGGGAAAGUUUGACCUUGGGAGGCAGGGACAGAGGUGGUGACAAGUGCUGAUGCUCAAUCCUGUCAUGGCACUGUCUGCUCCCUCUGCAUCCCCCUUGUGCCCUGCUGGGAGUGGCUGGUGAUGCCUCCAGCCCAGGAACAGCUGGGCCAUUGCCAUUGGAGUCUUCAUCCCUGUGGCACCCUCUCUCAGGGAGAGACCUGCCUUUCCCAACCCCCUCAGGAACCCCAGUGCCGCAGUCUGAGGAUGUCCUGCCUGCAUCCUGCCUGCAAUGGGCACAUGCCCACCUUUUCCAGACCAUGGAGUUGGCCAGUUCUGUAACUUUUGUGCUUUCAAAACACUGAGAGCCGGGCAGAAGACAUGCUUCCAAACUGCUGGGGGCAGCUGAGCCACACCCCUUGGGGCUGCCUGGGCCUCCUUGACCUGACUGUACUCACAGUCCUCCCAAACUCCUGCAGGCAUCCCCCCCACCCUCUGACCACAAAGGAUGAGGGGUUGAAGGGCCUGGAGCAGCCCUAGGCCUGCCUGGCCAGCAGUGCUUUGUGGGGUGCUGGUUGCUGGGCUCUGCAGUGUGCAGCUGUCAGGCACAGCACUGGCUAAAGCAUCUCCUCUUUGUGUCUUCCUCUUCUCUCUGGGGGUAUCAUCCUGCCUGACUGGUGUACCUGUCCUGCUGAGCUGCCUGGCCUCUGCCCCAGGAGCAGACAUGGCCAACAAUGUGAGUUCAUCUGAGCAGGCAGCAAGCACAAGUUGUUCUCAUUAAGGAAGGUAUUAAAGAGCCUGUCCAGUUUA